GUUUUAUUGUUAUUCAUCAAUAACAAUGGGUUUGGCAUUUUUGUAUUAUUUACUAUUAUUAUUAUUACUAUUAUUAGUAUUAUAUUAUUGCAGCCUAAAGGCUUUGACUUUAAUUUCUAACUUUCAAGCAGCAAGUUACAUAUUUGCAUAUUUUAAGGGUUUUUAUUCUACUAUUAUUCCAUUGCUGAAAUAUGAGCUUCACUUGAAGAAGUCUCGAGCUUCCGCCCCUGAGAAAGAUGGUGCUGGAAACCUUCCUGCCAGGCCUCCCGCGAUAGGCCACCAGCCUGAUGACGUCACACUAACUGAGCCAGGAGGCAAAGGCAGCGACGCAGAGCUCGGCCUUCCCCCCCCCCCCUUUUUAAAAAAAUCUUUACGGCCGGCCCCGGAAGUGGGCCUUUGGGAAGGGGGUGGGGAAGAGGCCAUGAUGCGUCCUCAGCCCCUCGGACAACUCCUGCGCUGGGCUUUGGGUCACCGCAGCGACGAGCUACAAACCGCUCAGAAACGGGUGAUGGUGGCCGGUCUUGGCAACCACACCUUCCCUGGUACCCGGCACAGCGUGGGUAUGGCGGUGCUGAACCACCUGGCCUCCAAGCUGGACGUGGCUGACCAGUGGAAGAGAGACAAGCAAUGCUGCGCGGAUGUGGCGAUGGCCCGCUUAGGAGAGGCUGAGCUUUUGCUGAUGAAACCCCGCAAGUUCAUGAACCUCAAUGGGAUCUCGGUGGUCACGGCGGCGGAAAGAUACAACCUGGACAUCGAAGAGAUCUACCUGGUCCACGAUGAUCUGGAUCGGCCUCUGGGGAAGCUCUCCCUAAAACUCGGUGGCAGUGCAAGGGGCCACAACGGAGUCCGUUCCUGCAUCAGCUCCCUGCGCUCCGACCGCAUGGUCCGGCUGAGGGUCGGCAUUGGCCGCCCGACAGAAAAGGCAUCCGUAGAGGACUACGUCCUAAGCCGGUUCACCGACGCGGAGCAAGAGGUGUUGCCGCCCGUUUUGGAGAGGGCAGCCAAUAUGCUGCUGCAGCAUAUCCAACAGAACUGCGGCGAACGGGAACUCCCGGGUUCCCGCGACGGCCGCGUGAGCCCCCCUCCCAAGACAGAAGGCCGGGGGCCCUCUUGAACCCCACCCUAUAAGACUGGCCAAGUGUAAAGCAGCCGAGUGACUUGUGUGUGUGUCUUUUGAUGGAGCAGAGUUGUGUGAACUGAGGCUGUCUCCCGGUGGCGGCUUCACACAAUGGACAAAACUUUACGGCAAGCAAUGAGGGUGAGGGUCUUUUAAGGGCUGGGAUCGAGGAUUAAAUAACAGACAGACAGAGACAGACACAAACACACACACACACACACA